AUGACCGAGCUUGUGGGUUUUCAUACCGCAUCCAUUCAAAAGUUGGAGAUUCAAAUGAGAGAUUUUUCAUGCGAACAAAAUCCGAAGCAAAAAGGGACGCUUCCAAGUGAUACAGUUGCGAACACAAAGGGUAGUAGGAGUGGUCCAACUUCUCAUUGCAUGGCAAUUACUACUCAGAGUGGGAAGGUACUUCAUGGAGAGAACAAACAAGUGGUUGAAGUUGAAAAGUCCAAACAAGUGGUUGAGGCACAAGUUGAAGAGCCAAUUUUUGUUGAAGAAAAAAGGGUUCCGGAAGAGUUGAAAGUGCAAGAAGCAAACCGGGAAGAUGUAAAGGAAAGGUUAUCGGUGAAUAUUCCAUUUGUGGAAGCAUUUCAAGAGAUGCCGGGUGUUGCUAAAUAUUUGAAAGACUUGAUUACCAAGAAGAAAACCACCAAGAAUGAAGUGCAAGCAGGGUUAUGUAUGACAAGGACCACAAGUAUGAGAUUUCAAAUGGCUGAUUGUUCCAUAAAGAGACCGGUGGGAAUUGUCGAUGAUGUGCUUGUGAAAGUGGGAAAGUUUCAUUUACCCGCCGAUUUUGUAAUCCUUGAUUGUGUAGUUGACAAAGAGAUCCAUAUCAUCUUGGGGAGACCAUUCCUUGCAACAGGAAGAGCACUAAUGGAUUCGGAAUGGAAUGAGAACAAAUUCCGUGUGAAUGAUGAAGAGGUUACAUUCCAAGAAAGCAAGGGUAUGAAACUACCAUAUGAAUAUGAAAGCAUCUCGGUGAUCGAUGUUGUUGAUGAAGUGGAAGUUGCGGCUGAAAUGAAGAUGGAAGAACAAUGCCUCGGUGAGGCGUUAGCAGAAAUUUGUUAA